CAAUCAGCGGUCUUCAUGGGCGUAUUCGUUGGAUUCAGGCUUCCCUUUUGGCCGAGCAGCGUGGAUCAAGGCGGUGAUUCUGGGAGCAGAAACCGAUUCAUUCUGUGAUAACAGCGACUUCUAAAGCUGAUUCAGAAUGGAUUCGUCUUUGAGUGCAGCUCAAAUUCGGCAAAAGUUUAUCGACUUUUUCAUCCGUUAUGAGCACCAGUACGUUCACUCCUCGUCCACCAUUCCUCUGGACGAUCCCACGCUGCUGUUCGCCAACGCUGGCAUGAACCAGUUCAAGCCGAUCUUCCUGAACACCAUCGACCCGUCUCAUCCCAUGGCCAAGCUGCGGCGCGCGGCCAACACUCAGAAAUGCAUCCGUGCCGGAGGAAAACACAACGACCUGGACGACGUCGGGAAAGAUGUCUACCACCACACCUUCUUUGAGAUGCUGGGGUCCUGGUCCUUUGGGGACUACUUUAAGCAACUGGCCUGUAAGAUGGCUCUGGAGCUGCUGACUGAGGAGUUCGGGAUUCCCAUCGAUCGGCUGUAUGUCACCUACUUUGGGGGAAACGCCGACGCAGGCCUGGAGCCCGACCUGGAGUGCAAACAGAUCUGGAUGGAUCUGGGUGUGGACGAGGCUCGCAUCCUGCCGGGAAGCAUGAAGGAUAACUUCUGGGAGAUGGGAGACACCGGCCCCUGCGGCCCCUGCAGUGAGAUCCAUUACGACCGGAUCGGAGGGAGAGACGCGUCUCACCUGGUGAACAUGGACGACCCCAACGUGCUGGAGAUCUGGAACCUGGUGUUCAUCCAGUUCAACAGAGAGUCAGAGACGGAGCUGAAGCCUCUGCCUAAGAAGAGCAUCGACACUGGGAUGGGUCUGGAGCGCCUCGUCUCCGUCCUCCAGAACAAAAUGUCCAACUACGACACCGACCUCUUCGUCCCGUAUUUUGAGGCUAUCCAGAAGGGUACGGGGGCUCGACCUUACACCGGUAAAGUUGGCGCUGAUGAUGUUGACGGCAUCGACAUGGCGUACCGCGUCCUCGCCGACCACGCCCGCACCAUCACCAUCUCUCUGUCGGACGGCGGGCGGCCCGACAACACGGGCAGAGGCUACGUGUUGAGAAGGAUCCUGCGCCGUGCGGUUCGUUAUUCCCAUGAGAAGCUCGGCGCUCAGAGGGGAUUCUUCGCCUCUCUGGUGGAUGUGGUGGUCGAUUCUCUGGGCGACGCUUUCCCAGAGUUGAGGAAAGACCCAGAAAUGGUGAAGGAUGUCAUAAACGAGGAGGAGACGCAGUUCCUCAAAACGCUCAGCAGAGGGCGCCGCAUCCUGGACAGGAAGAUCAUGAGCCUGGGAGACUGCAAGACGAUCCCGGGUGACACAGCAUGGCUGCUGUACGACACGUACGGCUUCCCUCUGGACCUGACCUCGCUCAUCGCCGAGGAGAAGGGCAUGGAGGUGAACCUGGCUGCGUUCGAGGAGGAGAAAAAAGCUGCACAGCUGAAGUCUCAGGGCAAAGGAGCUGGAGGCGAGGACCACAUCAUGCUGGACAUCUACGCCAUCGAGGAGCUGAGGAACCAGCAGGUUCCGGCCACAGACGACUCUCCCAAAUACAGAUACGCCUCAGAGGAGAACGGAAACUACGAGUUUCGGCCGACCUCCGCCACGGUGCUGGCUCUGCGGCGGGACCGGGCCUUCUGCCAGGAGGUGACCACGGGUCAGGAGUGCGGAGUGCUGCUGGACCAGACGUCCUUCUACGCGGAGCAGGGCGGCCAGACGUUCGACGAGGGGUACAUGCUGCGGGAGGACGACAGCUCUGAGGAUCGGAUGGAGUUCACCGUGAAGAACACGCAGGUUCGGGGCGGUUACGUUCUCCAUAUCGGAACCGUCUAUGGAACCCUGAAAGUCGGAGACCGGGUCACUCUGCAUAUCGACGAGGCUCGCAGGCGGCCGAUCAUGAGCAACCACACGGCCACGCACAUCUUAAACUUCGCUCUGCGCUGCAUUUUGGGCGAGGCGGACCAGAGGGGCUCCCUGGUCGCUCCGGAUCGCCUGCGCUUCGACUUCACAGCUAAAGGAGCUCUGAGCACCGGAGAGAUCCGCCGGACCGAGGAGAUCGCUUGUGCCAUGAUAAAAGAGGCAAAGCCAGUGUACGCCAUGGAGGCCCCGCUGGCUGAGGCCAAGGCCAUCCAGGGUCUGCGCGCCGUGUUCGAUGAGACCUACCCUGACCCGGUCCGAGUCGUCUCCAUCGGCAUCCCGGUCCAGGAGCUGCUCGACGACCCCAACAGUCCCGCCGGGUCCCUCACCUCCAUCGAGUUCUGCGGCGGAACCCAUCUGCAGAACUCGGCUCACGCUGCGCCGUUCGUCAUCGUUUCAGAGGAGGCCAUCGCUAAGGGCAUCCGCCGCAUCGUCGCCGUGACGGGAGCUGAAGCCCUGAAGGCCCAUCGGAAAGCCGACACCCUGCAUCUGUCCCUGUCCGCUCUGGGAGACAAAGUGAAGCAGCAGACGUGCCCAAACAAAGAUGUGCAGAAAGAAAUCGCCGACAUGACCGAGUCCAUAGGCACGGCCCUGAUCUCUCAGUGGCAGAAGGACGAGAUGAGGGAGACGCUGAAGGCUCUGAAGAAGACCAUGGACGAUCUGGACCGCAGCUACAAGGCCGACAUCCAGAAGAGAGUCCUGGAGAAGACGAAGGAGGAGAUAGAGAACAAGCCCAACCAGCCGCUGCUCAUCAUGGAAAUGGAAACUGGAGCCUCAGCGAAGGCUCUAAAUGAGUCGCUGAAGCUGCUGAAGAGCCAGUCGCCGCAGACUGCCGCCAUGUUGUUCACUGUUGACCCUGAUGCUGGUAAAAUCACCUGUCUGUGUCAGGUUCCUCAGGAUGUGGCAAACCGCGGCCUGAAGGCCAGCGAGUGGGUUCAGGAAUUGUGCCCUCUGCUGGACGGAAAAGGCGGCGGCAAAGACAUGUCGGCACAGGCGACGGGCAGAAACACGCAGUGCCUGCAGGAGGCGCUACAGAUGGCUAACGAGUUUGCUCGACUCAAACUGGGAGAAAACUGAAGGGAAAUACUCCAUCUUUGUUUUCCUCUCGUUCUUUUUCUUCCCCCUGUAGGUCAGACAGAAAACUGAACCAGCAGAAAAUGAGCCACUCGUAUUUAUUGAGUCUGGAUGUAGCUUGAAUAUGAAGCGUCUUCUCAUGCACUUUUACCUGGAAGGGGAUGCGUUUGCUACUUAAUUGCAUGUUUAAGUGAGAAGAGAAGAAAAAUGCUAGCGUUAGCAUCUUGCUAGCUCCAUGCAGCUUAGGGAAAUUAACUGAAAUUACUUCAGCUCCUGAUAAUCCGCCCAUUCUAAUACUUCCUCCUUUUGAGUCUUUACACCAUUGACAAGUUUUGGGUUUAUUCUGUGUAUCAUCUGAAGCUUAAUCUGAUCCAAACCCAGUAGAAACUGGUUUAACAUUUAAAAAAACAUAAUUUUUUAUGAUUUUGCUGUCAAAUGAUUAAUGAUGUCUGUGUAAAAUGAUGUAAACUCCCCACUGACAUGUAGAGUUUCUAAUCAUCGUUGCUGCUUCGUGUGGAUAAUGAUGGAAUAAAUCUGCCUGGCGAAAG